ACAAAAGUUAAUAAGUCAGUGCCACAAGCGCAACAACCUGCGCCUUUGCUUUUCUUUGUUAUCGCGGCACGUAACCGGUUAGCGCUAAACACGUGACCGACGCGUUGUGCGAGUGCCGAGUACUUGAACACCUCUUAACGGUUUACUAACGCUCCAUUGCAUUGCGGCGAACGUGACCUUCCACAAUCCGCGCGGAAUGCCGCCUGCAACGCCGAGAAGAUUUGUGUGCAACGCGUUGCUGUUGGCCCUCCUUUGCGCGAGCAUUUGUCAGGAGUUUGCCGCAUUGUUGCAAAAAGAAUUAUGGUUAGAGUGCUCGUGUAUGUACGCCACGGAACGCAAUACGAGCAAUUGGGGCAGCAUCGCCAUUAACGGCAGCACUUUGCGCGGCGUCAAGAAUGAUUGUUACUUGAUUUUCAUCGCGGGCGGCAAUGAUGAGUUGGUCGCGCUGCGCUUCCAGACGCUGCAGCUGGCCGCCGGCUGUUCGGAGUACAUUGAAAUAUUUCCGUUCCUGCGGGAGCCCGUCAUCGAGAACUCGACUAAUCCGGAUUAUGUUAUUUGCAAUCGCACCACUGUCACAGCGCCCAGUGUGUCAGCAUUAGCAGCUACAACGCCUGCCACAGCAUUGGUGGCUAACGGUAGUGUUGCAGCAACAAUGACAACAAAGGCCAAGCACACCAUGCCACCCACUGCCGUGGCCGCCGCCGCCGCAGUCAAACAGAAAGCAGCGACGACGACGACACAGAGUCCCGUUAACGCCAGCCACAUGUCGAAGCAGCCAGUGUCGUCUGCGAGCAGCAUUGCCAACCAUGCUCAUUUAACGGUUAUUGCUGCCAAUAAUUCGGCAGCCGCCGCUGUCGCUGAUUUACGUGGCAAUGAGUUUAUUUAUAGUGCGGGCAAAAUAUUCGGCAUUCGCGUACGUUUUAACCAACCGCAACAACAACAACAACAGCAACAGCAACUACAAGGCGAACAAACGCUGCGAAAUGUUGCUGGUGGUGGCGAUGUUGCUCUGAAAAAUUGGCUGCUCAAUAUAACCGGAGAGUAUCGAUUCUUGAAGAAGGAACAUUUUCAAAAUGACGGACGUCUAAUACCCGGCUCAUAUUGUGAUUAUUACUUCUUUGCCGAUCCCAAUGCAAAACCGGAGAGCUUCGAAAUUUGGCAAUACUUUCAUUCGCCUCGUUUUCCAGCAAAGUAUCCGGCACACAUCAAAUGCGCCUACAAAUUUAUUGGCCGCCCAGAAAGUCGUGUUGAAGUAGUCUUUGAAGAAUUGCAUUUACCCAAAAAGGACAACAGCUGCAGCAUGGAUAAACUGACAAUUUUCGACUCUGAAUCGGCCAAUAUGAAUGCCGUAAUUGAUGUCAUUUGCGAUGCGCCGCCCACGCGACGCAUAAUUAGUUCCGGUCCCGAUUUGCUAAUCGAAUUCAACGCCAGUUCAAAUCGCACAGCCAAAGGAUUUCGCGGCAAAUACAAAUUUAUACAUAAUGAAGUCGAUGAUCAACUUGUGCCAGCGAUCGGAAAUGAAUUGACAACAGAGAAAAUAAUUGCGCUCGAAAGAAUCGGCUUGCGGAAGGAGUCUCCACGCCCCGUGCUUACCGCUGAUGAGUGGGGUAAAUUCUUUAAGAACAAUGAAAAUUGCAAACAAAUAUUUGAUUCGCGUGUAAACAAAUCCGGCCGCUUUGACACUUCUCAGCUGUUUCCAACAGUUCCAAAUGUCAACAUCAUUCCAGUGCUGUCGCCCUCGAGAGUGCAGUGUCGAUUUGAGUUUUACGGUGGCGCCGACGAAAGAGUGCAGAUAAAGUUUUUGGAUUUCCACAUUCCGGCGGAGAAUAAAAACUCUACGGAAUGUAAGUCAAAUGAUGUGUUGCAGCUGCUUACACAAGUGCGUGGGAAGUACGAACCAGCCGAAACAUUUUGUGGCGCAUUUCUACCCAAGCCAAUCAUGUCGCAUGGACCGAAGAUGUUACUACAAUUUUUAGGCCGUUAUCCGCCUACUGGCUCGAAAAUAAAUUAUUAUGGGUUCAAGGCAGAGUAUAAAUUUGUUAAGAAUUUCGGUAUAUCCACUGGCCAACAGAUUGACGACAAUUGUACUUUCACAUACAAUAGUACGGAACGGAAAUCAGGCUGGUUUGGUUCGCCGAAUUUUCCCGGUUUCUACCCGCAAAAUAUGAUUUGCCAUUACUACUUCUAUGGCGAGCCUGAUGAACGGGUUAUAAUACGUUUUACUUUCUUCGAUGUGGAGGGGAUCGGCACUUGCGAAUAUCUCACCGCUAGUGAUUAUGUGGAGUUUUCGAAUUUUAUGAGCACCGAUCGCAAAUAUGGCAGGUACUGUGGGAAACGUGACAAGUUCGAAGUGCGCUCGGAUGGUCGGUUUUUCCGCGUUUCUUUCUAUUCAAACGACCGGUUCGAUAAGACGGGUUUUCGUGCUUUAUACGAUUAUCAAGGCAAAAGUUCGCGUGUAGAGAAUACUUCAAUGCAGAGUUAUGUAUCUGGCAGUAGCGACAUACUUAAAUCAUAUUACAGGCUUCAAAUCGCAUUUGCGCUGGUAUUAAUAUUAUUGUAUAAAUAAGAGUAAUUAUUUGUAGUUUUCAA